AUGACGCAACGUACACCGUCCUCGGCAGCGGCAGAGGCCGAGAAAAAGACUGACGCGGCACAGACGGCGACGCUCACGCCGCGUUGUGGAUGGCGGGGUGUGUUGCAUGCUGUCAAGCGGACGCUUACCACCUCCGCCAGAAGCCGCUGGAGCUGCACGGACAUCAUUGACGCAAGGGAGUACGCCCGUGCGCACCGUCGCCGGUUUCAACGUACAAAUGACGUCUUUCAUAGCGCCGGGAAAAGUGGACGAACCCCCUCAUAUGAAGCAAUAACGUUGCAUUACAAGGGAUUCGAGUGGUCCUACAUGCUGCUACCAGCAUCCCUGGCGCUGCUGAUUGUCGUACUUAUCGCUUUGGUGGACGGCAGGUGUCACAAGGUAAAAGGUCUAGGGGAAAUGAAGACAUUUGAGCAGCGUGCGGACUUCUUAUACUCCAUGCGCAGCGAAGGCGCAAGUGGGGAGGGAGCUGAUGCGUGCGCACCGUUGGGGAGGGAGGGGACGCGGUGCUGA